CGCGAAGCCAAGCGACAUGGACGUGGAAGCGCUCGUCGCUGCCGUCCAGCUUCACGAAGUCCUCUACAACCCUCGUCUAGCCGGCUACCGGGACCGGGACGUGAAGGAGAAUGCGUGGCAGAGUGUGGGGGAAUCCAUGGGAUGCCCUGUGGAGCAAUGCAAGAAGAAAUGGAAGGGGUUGAGAGACACGUUCGUGAAGGAGAUGAACAAAGCCUUGAGGACUCCCGUCCCCUCGAAAUGGCACAUGCACGACCAGAUGCAGUUCCUCAUCCCCCAUCUCCGGCAUCAUUCGGGAUCGGGGCACCUGGGCUCGUCACAGGAUGACUUGGGCUCAGAAAUGGAAGAUCAACCUCUGGAGGUGGGAAUCUCGUACAACGAUGUGGACGAUUCCGGCCAGGACGGAACGGGUUCGGGGGACAGGUUCUCCCCGCCGGUCACCUCCGUCGAUUCCUACAAUGCCAGGACGGGAAAGUUCAUGAACCAUGUGAUGAAAGAAUCCGAAACGACGAAAGACGAAGACGAAAUGUUUCUCUUGGCUCUCUUACCCGGCAUGAAGCAGCUCGGGGAGCAACGCAAGGAUCUCUUCAAACUUCGGGUUCAUCAAAUGCUCUACGAAUUCCGCUACGGGUCGACGGAGACUCAGGACAAUGAUGGGUUCGCCCCAACUCCGAGCAAGAAACCAAAGAUCUCUAGCAAUGCAUUGAAGGGUGAAUGAAAGUGACGGACAGCAACGAAGGUUCUACGUGACGAUACUUAAUUGCUGGAAGUAUUUUUUUCUUUUGGCAUUGACUUUAAAUAAAUUUUGGUAUGCGUGGAGUGUAAAGA